GCUUGGAUCCUGGCACUCAGAGGCCGCCUCGGAGCAACCUGUGUGCUGUGUCCUGUGUCCUUAGGAGUUGCUUACCACUGGAUCGACAUGACCACAGCUACAACUUUGGGAGAUGCUGUCUUGAACAUGACCACCAGGGGAGAAGACUUCCUGUAUAAGAGCUCAGGGGCCAUCGUUGCUGCCAUUGUGGUGGUCGUCAUCAUCAUCUUCACCGCGGUUCUGAUCUUGCUCAAGCUGUAUAACAGGAGAAUGAGGACCAGGAGGGAACUCGAGCCCAAGGGUCCCAAGCCAGCUACCCCUCCUGCCCUAGACCCCAACAGCCAACAACAGCCUGCAACUGUGACCUUCAGUCCUGUAGACCUGCCCUCAGAGACUCGGUGACCCCUGCCCCAGGGCAACCCCUCACCCCCACCCCAUCUCUGUCUGAAGAGCUUUCUCCCAGAAGCAUACCUCUCUGCCUGGCAGCUUCAUAUGCAUUCCUUCUGUUCAGCUGCACCAAAGCAUCCUCAUGCCAUUGCUGCACCGCUUCACCUGGCUCUGCUCCAGCCUCCCCAGAUGUGUCCACAUCCUUGCUGCUACCUUCCCCGAAGGCUGGGCAAUGUUCUUUUGUCAUCUGAUGUGGUGGGAGCUUUGGUUCUCUCCCUACAAAUGCUAGAGUUAGAUAAACAAGCAGGCAGACAGGUAAAUAGACAGAAAGACAGAUAUCAUCCUGAUUCUUCUGCUCAAGAGUUGGCAAAUGCUCCUGAGAGAGGCACUCAGGGUCUGCCAUGGGGAUCAGCUUGGAUCGUCCAUCUGUACAGUAUGCAGAGCAGUAGGCAGGGGCCGGGGAACUAACAUGAACCAACUACUCAGAAAACAAACAUGCUAAUACUUAAUCUGCUCCAGUACAAGAUAACUACAGCUAGUUUAGGAAGACAGGUCACCGUAUUUCUUCCCCUUUAAGAAAGGUUCAAGAGGGUUAGGGGUGUGGUGCAAAUAGUAGAGCACCUAAACUAGCACCUAAGCCCCUGCCUAGCAAAUA